AGACCACUUAGAGAAUACGAACGUCGAUUUAAUGCAAUCCAGAUAGACGAAGUUGCCAUCGUAAUUGUGGACAAUGAAAACACAAGCCGUAACAUAAUUGUACAACGAAGAAGAGAAGGACUACAACGAAUUGCAGACACACCGUGCAAAAGCCAUAUCUAUUACCUAAUAUUUUUAUACGUAGAGGGAGGAUAUCAUUUUAAUUUGAAACAAUUACGUAUACGUUUACAGGGUAGUGGCAGCUGAUCAAAGUGAGCUUUCUUUUGAGUCAGUUGAUGUGAUUGCAAUCAUCCCAAAAUCCUUGACCAACCAAUAGUGACCGUAUGAGAAACUUUUGACAUCAAUGACUUCAGUUUUCUUUUCAAUUGUAACAAACUUUCAAAAAAUUUGAGAAACAAUCAUCUAUCAAAUUCACUUCACACCGACAAACGUGAACCAAAUAUAACAUUUCCCGCUUCUCAUAAGACCCUAAAAAACGUGACGACGGUGGUCAUAAAUUAAUUAGUUACCAAAAUUUUUAAUGUUGAUAAACAAAAUUCCCCCUCGCCUGCGGCCGAUAGAUAAAAAUGCAAAUUUCGCGAGAGUCCCGAUUGGUCGUGGUUAAGGUGUUUCUCUCACAUGAGAAAAGUAGGUAUGUGGAAAUCGCGUCACAUGACCGGUACUGACAAAACCCCCGCGAAUUUUCAAGCGCCGCUCACUCAGUACGUGCCGGUACUAUUUUCUCAAGACUCUGAUUUUCACUCUAUAGUGGUACUUAUAACGUGACACAUUGUACUCAGUAGUAUACAAGAUAGGUACCGUUUCAUAUAACGGAUAUUAUAUUAAUUAUUUUCAAAAAAACCGUUUCGCGCGUCUGUGUGUUUUCUGGUGAAUUAAUUUCUAAAUAAAUAAGAGAUGAAAUUUACUAAGGAUCAUAGAAGUAAUUCUGUGACUUUUGCCGAACCAAGCUUGGAUUUGGAAGAAGUUGCAGGAGGCGGUACAUCAUCACGGCAUGCCUACGAUAAUCCAGCUCUUACCACUUCUGCCAGCGACUUACCGGAAGCUUUAAGAGGCGAAACCGUUUACCGAACUAAUUUGGGUGGUAGUAAUAAUUUUCAAGUAAUAGAAGAUCCUCACGCACAACAACACACUUCCUUCAAACACAAACUAGAAUCUGCCUUGUUGCAAGCGAAAAAGCGAUUUUGCGGAGUAUGGACCAAAAAGACUUUAUUCAAACGUUUCCCAAUAUUGAGAUGGCUGCCAGAAUACAAUGGAGACUGUGCAGUAGGUGAUCUCCUGGCUGGUAUCACAGUAGGUCUGACAGUGAUCCCUCAAGCUCUAGCCUACGCCAACAUAGCAGGCCUGCCACCUCAAUACGGUCUCUACGGCUCAUUUCUGGGCUGUUUGGUAUACAUUUUCCUGGGCACUUGUAAAGAUGUUCCUGUAGGCCCUACAGCAGUAGCCGCUCUCCUUACCUUCCAAUCUUUGAAUGGUAAAGGAAUCGAACACGCAAUUCUGCUGUGUUUCUUUACCGGACUUGUGCAAAUUCUUAUGGGAAUUUUUGGAUUAGGAUUCCUCAUUGACUUUGUCUCAGGCCCGGUGUCGUCGGGUUUUACCUCAGCUGCAGCCCUUAUAAUAGUAACAUCUCAAGUAAAAGAUCUUUUAGGCAUAACAGCGUCUGGAAAUGCUUUUGUGGAAACCUGGAAAAGUAUCUUCAAGGAUAUACAUAACACUAGAUUAUGGGAUACCGUGCUUGGAGUUACUUGUAUUGUGAUACUUUUACUAUUAAGGCUAGUGGCCCAAAUCAAUAUUGGAAAAACCAGAGAACCAACCAAAGUUGAAAAAAUGAUUAACAAGUUCAUGUGGGUAUUUGGUACUUCGAGGAACGCCAUUUUGAUGAUUGUUUGUGGUGUAGUCGGAUUUUUCUUCUGCCAACAAGGUGAACCCCCAUUUAAAGUUAUCGGUGCCGUGCCGCAAGGAUUGCCAGAUUUUAAAGUACCACCAUUCGGCUACAAUGUUGAAAACAAUGGUACCGUAACUCAUGUGAGCUUAUCGACCAUGAUUUCGGAUUUGGGAAGCGGCAUUAUUGUGGUACCGCUUGUGGGGAUUUUGGAGAAUAUUGCUGUCUGUAAAGCAUUUUCAAAUGGUAAGCCAAUAGACGCAACCCAAGAACUGAUAGCCAUCGGCACAUCCAACAUCAUGAACUCGUUCAUCCAAAGUUUUCCUGGCACAGGAUCUUUAUCCAGGAGUGCUGUGAACAAUGCCAGCGGUGUACGUACCCCUCUAGGAGGGCUUUACACUGGCAUUUUAGUAAUUUUAGCUUUACUAUUCUUUACGCCAUAUUUUUUCUACAUUCCUAAAGCCACACUAGCGGCCAUUAUUAUUGCAGCAGUAGUUUUUAUGGUGGAAGUGAAAGUGGUCAAGCCCAUGUGGAGAUCGAAAAAGAGUGAUUUCUUCUUGGCCAUAGCAACUUUUGUGUCGUGCUUGAUACUUCCAUUGGAACAAGGAAUUGUUGUUGGUAUUGGGAUAAAUCUGAUUUAUAUUUUGUAUCAUGCCGCGAGACCUAAAAUCAGCGUUGAAAAAUUAUUUUCUCAACAAGGAACCGAAUACUUACUCCUCACCCCUGACAGAUGUCUCAUUUUCCCAUCAACAGAUUACGUCAGAAAUUUAGUCACAAAACACUCAAUUCGUCAAGGUAUUCCUGUCGUUAUCGACUGUUCACACAUUUAUGGUGCUGACUACACUGCUGCCACAGUCAUAGAGAGUUUAACGUCAGAUUUCGCAUCCAGAGACCAACCGUUGCUAUUCUACAAUCUUAAACCUUCAGUGAGCUCAGUCUUCCAAGGAUUAAGCCCUAAGGAUUUCGUAGUCUUCUACAAUCACGAAGACGUGGACGAUUUGCUGAAAAAUAGGUCUUGCAUCAAGAAACAAAUGGAAAUUGACGCCUAAAAUGUGUUCCUAAUUAAGUACCUACUUGUAUAAAUAGGGUUUAAGAUUAUUUAAUUAAAAUUUCCAAUUGAUUGGUUAUUGAUUUACCGUUACUUUUAGACUCUGUUGAAGCGGUUUCCUAUAAAAUUGUAAGCUCGACUUUUGCUAGAUGUGUCUGUGAUAUUCAGGGUCAAUAAGUCCAGCUCAAUGUAACCAAGUUCAUUUUUUUUUAAAAUGAAACAAAAAUCAUGUUUUGUAAAUAAAUCAAUUAUUGGAUAAUAAAUAUUUCUUAAGAAAAUGUUAGAGAGGCAUGAUUAUGUAACGUUUAUGCAACCUUGAAAUGGUAUUUUUUUAAUACAAGGUUUAGGAAGUUUACUGUAGGUGAGUUUUUCUUUCGUAAAUCUGUAUAAUAUAUUGUAUUUUAUCCUUCUGGUAGUUUAAAAAUAAAAUUGUGAUAUUAAUUUUUAUAA